AGAAUAACAUAGAUAUAAGUGACACUUUACACUCGGAUAUACCAGUAGUCAUUCGUCUGUUAAGCGAAACUUAGGCAGAGCUCUAUCAACCAAGAACCAUGCACCUUUUAACAGCGUCUGUUUUACUUAUCACUACUGGUCUGUCCAAUGGCGAUAAAACUACAAUCCUUCGCUUGCCAUCACCACAGACCACAAAGAGCUACGUGAAGCUGCAGGCAGCCACUCCUGCGAUGACCGCCUUGACAGCGUGCCUGAGGGCUAAGACCGCCUUUACUGGAAGUGGAAAUUCACAUUUCCUGUCCUACGCCGCAGGUGGUAUGGACAACGCUUUCCUUUUUGCGUACAAUAGGAAUGGAGCCAUCUACAGCUAUGUAUUUAACUCAAAUAAAGACACAUCCGUGUUUAAAGUCGAUGAUGGGGCUUGGCACCACUGGUGCUUCUCUUGGAACAAUCGAGGUGGGAAGUGGACGGUUUACAAAGAUGGUAUGCCUGCAGCGGCGGGAACUGGCUUCCAAACGGACAAAACCAUACCAGCAAAUGGAGUUUGGAUUGUUGGACAAGAUCAAGAUCGUUUAGGCGGUGGAUUUGACGCUACACAAGCCUAUGUUGGUGACAUCACGAGCAUCAAUGUUUGGAACACCGACAAUGUUAACUUUGCAGCAGUGGCAAACUGUGGCGAUAAUUUUGGAGGAAACGUCAUCUCUUGGUAUGACGUCAGCAAAGAAAUUCACGAAGUGUCCACGUACAGAAAAGAUCUUUGCAAAUUGAAAUAAGAGACACAAAAAAGAAAUUCAAAUAAUGUUUUUCAAAAUUUUGCUUCUCUUUGAAUAAAGGUAUAAUAAAGCAUCA